AUGAUCGCAGUCGCAGUCAAGCGAGACGCGAAGAGCCUUCCCAAUCUGGCCUCCUUGGUGGUGCCCAAUGGACCACUGGAUCAGUACAAGAAGGAAAUCGAGGAAAUGUUCCCAAAGCUGACAGCCACACAUGGGAUAUCUGACAUUGCGAAGAGGUUCAACUUCACUGCCAGCAAGAAGGACAUUCAAGACAUCUUGUCUAUUUGGGAGCACUACAAGACUACGUGUAUGAUUUGUAUGAACUUUGACCAAGCUCAGCUGCUAUUGAGCCUCAAUAAGAUGCCAGAAUCGAUCUCCAGCCCUCCUGUGCCCCGAACAUAUCACCAGUCAAGGCCUUUGGUUACUUUCCCUUCAGAUGCCAGAAGCUUCGUUGGUAGAGCGAAGCUCCUCAAGGCGCUCACGGAAGGAUUAGGAGAAUGUAGCCGUAUGGCACUGUAUGUAUGGUCUGGGUGGGGUCGGGUGAGGGAUCUUCCUUCUGAGCAUUCUGAUUUUGUCAACUAUCUGACGGGUGUGUCAGAUGAUGAGUUAGAGUCCGACAAAGAUAUCGGAAUACUGGUCCAGUAUUCUCUAAUUAGCAGGAAUGAGAAUCUUGUCUCAUACAGUACGCACCGACUUGUUCAGCUCACAAGUCGAAUCUGGCUUUCGGGACAGGGUGCGUCAGGCAACUGGAAGGCUGAGGCGCUCAUGGCAGUAUUAUAUGCUUUCACAGCGACACUCUCCGUGGACGAGGAGAAUCUGAUCUGGAAAUGGCCAGAAACAAUCAUCCACACUCUCGCUCUCUUCCAAAGUCCGGCAAUCAACUCACGUUGCAUUCACAAAGAGCAUAGUAGUAGCCUCCGUUUGAGAACGGUGUCUGGCACGAGUGGCAGCCGCUGGCUGCGCACUCCGAAGCAGCGGCCGCCGAGGUGGUGGCUCGAUAAGAUCCUCCGUUGCACCCUGCGGGCUCUGGUACGGCCUCGCGAGGUCUACAAAUGUCAGUCCAUGGCGUCGGAGAGAACGAAAAUGCUCAAAAGUAAGUGA